UCGACAGACAGGCAGUUUAGAGACAAAGAUGUUGGUGAAGAACAUGGAUCAUAUUGUUCAGUGUGUUGUUCUUCUGUUCUUAUAUCAUACUCAAACAUCCAGAGCUGUGACGUCUGUGUUUGUGAAGAAGGGACAUGAUGUACAGCUGGAUGUUAAGGAAGAUGAUGUUCCUGAGUAUUUUAACAUUUUUGUAUGGAUGUUCAAUGAAAGUAAUUUAGUAUCAUUUUCACUCUUUGGAAAAACAAAGCUUUACACAGAUAGAGUUGAGUUCUCAGUGACAAAUUACACUAUAAAGUUGAAACAUCUACAAGAGACAGACAGUGGACAUUAUGCUGCUGUAGUUACAGGGUAUGAAAUCAAAGCAGUAGUUGAAUACAAAGUCACAGUUCAAGCUCCAGUGUCUCCAGUUAAUCUGACUGUGGACUCAGUGUCUAAGAGCUCAGACUCCUGUAACCUCACUGUUACCUGCAGGACACAGGACUCUCACAUCAGCACCACUUUUACAUGUGUCAAUCAAACCUGCAGUGAAGAUGGAGACAGAGCAAAAGCUACAACCUCCGGUGCUGAUCUUCGUGUCUACCUUCAGAAUGACUCCAUCAAGUGUAACCAUAGCAACCAGGUCAGCUGGACCACAAGCAAAGGAGCAAAGAUACAGGAUUCCUGUUAUCAAGCUUCAGAGACUCUCUCUGCUGGUUUCCCUCUCUGUCUGGUGAAGAUGGUCGUGUUCUCUGUUGGCCUGAUCAUCAUGAUGUCUGCCGUCAUCACUGUCAAUCUCAUGGAGAGGACCAUGAAGAGAAAUCUAACCAGACCUAAGGAGUCUUCUACCAGUGUCAUCACACACACCUCACAUUAACCAUGAACUUUAACAUUCACUGCACGAUAGGUUUCAUGUUAGAGGAAACAUUCAAAACAACCAGGAAGGACAUGAUGAGUACAGAGAUUAUUAACACAGAUUACCGAUUACUAAGAAAUGUGUUAAUAAGAACCAGAACCUGAAACAAAACAAAAAGUUAAAUAAGGAGCAAUAAACAAACUUCAAUCAUAUAUUGUAUAUUAAUUUUGUCUUCAUUCAAUUUUCCUACAUUUAAUUUUCAAACUUUGUACAUUAAAAAUCAUUUAAACGUGG